CUUUUUUUUUUUUUCCUUUCUUUCUCUCUAAUCUUGACAAUGUCUUCACUUGAUGGCUUAUCACUCGGACAACUGUUUCUUUCAGGUCAAUCAAUCCUUACCCAACUGGAGGACUCAACACUCUCAAGCACUGAUCCUCAAUAUCAAUCUCAAGUGAAAGAUGCCAUUCAACGUCUAACACGAGCAGAUGAAUUAAUUACUCAACUUCAUAUUUUCAGUGAUAACGAGAUCCUCGAGGACAUGAAUACCAAUGAUCUCAAAUUCUUAUUGACAACCGCUUAUUUAGGUGACUUGACCUUGAAAUUAUCAGGUAAAGAUCUCGAUCGAAGUACUGUCCUGAACCAGUCCAAGGAAUACAUUCAACGCUUUCUCUGUGCUUGUCAAGAUCAUGAGCUUCUGAACAAAGAAGAUGUCACUCUCAUGCAACGCUUAUCUCAUAAUGGCAAAGCACCUUCUGUUCCUGCAGCACAACAACGCGAACAAAAGAUUGCUCGGUUUAAGCGUGAAAAGGCCAUUAAACAGCAAAUUCAACAACUUCGACAACAUAUUGACCAAGCCAAUGAGAAACAAGACGAUGAGGAUCGAGACAUUGAUGAAACAGAGCGUGAAUGGAUCUUGGCUUUGAUCCAACUUGAAAUUGUAGGAUCUUUAGAGAAUUGGCAUGCUAUUGAACAAGAAUUGGUGAUGGUGAAAGAAAUGGAAAUUAUGCGGGAAAUGAUGGAAAAAACAGGACGUAGUAUGUUCCUAGAAAAACCUGUCAAUACAAGAGCCAAUUGGGGUAACGAUAAACCUCUGCUAAACAAAGAAGGUAGACCACUUCAGCCUUUUGUGAUUACAAACCAACGCGAACAGAUCAAAUCCAAAGUGUUUGGUUAUGGACAUAAUCUACCUACCAUGACCAUUGAUGAGUACUUGGAGCAAGAAAUGGCUAGAGGAAAUAUCAUUCAAGGAGGUGGUGAGCCACCUGAAAAACAACCUAUUGAUGAUAAUGACUAUGAAGCUCAAGAUGCGGAGACGAUGAAAAAGAGGGAAUGGGAUGAAUUCGUAGAAGCAAAUCCAAGAGGUGCUGGCAACAGAGGAAACAAAGGAUAAUAAAAUUAUAUAUGCUAUUUUGCAAAAGGAUGAUAAGCAUAUUGUAUCACUUUUGAUAACCCCUUUU